GACAAAGAGCUUGGCAAGGGGGCCUUUGGCAUCGUCCGGCUUGCGCGCGUCCGUAUCACAGGUGCAAGGAGGGCGAUUAAGACAAUCAGCAAAGAAAUGAUGAAGGAGCAAGCGGGCUCGUUAAAGAUGGAGAUAGAAAUUAUGAAGAUGCUGGAUCACCCAGGUGUCGUCAUGCUGUUCGAGAUCUUUGAAGAUGAUGACGUCCACCUUUCCAUGGAGCUUUGCCCAGGCGGAUGCCUCACUGACAGAAUCAAAGCAGCGCCAAACAGACAGCUGCCACAGAAGGAGCUGCCCAUAGCCAUGCGUCAGAUAUUGGGGGCGGUGAACUAUCUGCACGAGCUGAGCAUUGUCCAUCGAGAUCUGAAGUCGGACAAUAUCCUCCUGAAGAUCGGUCCAACGGAGGUCUUGCGCAGGACAUCUUUGAAAGUGUCUGACUUCGGCCUGUCGCGGAUCGUUGAGGAAGGCGAGUACCUUUCAAGCAUGGGAGGAACACCGAGCCACAUGGCACCAGAAGUGUUCGAGAGGUAUUACAAUCAUAAGUGUGACUUGUGGAGCUGCGGCGUUAUGAUGUUUUACCUGAUUGUUGGAGAGCUCCCCUUCAAGAACGAAGAGGAGGUCAAGAAGGGAAGGCUGUACGAGACGAAUGGCUGGCAGAUGGCAAAGCUCCUCAAACGUGAGCUCUUCAUCAGCUUAGAUGCCGACAAGGAUGGUAAAAUUUCCGCACAGGACUUGAAGAAAGCGGGUGGCGAAGCACUGGGCCUUGGAGACAACCCUGUAUCCUCGAUCCAGGUCAAGGAUGCGGUUGCAGACCGCUUUGAGAUGGUGUCUCCUAGCCGUCCAUUUCGCUACACGGAGUUCCUGGCAGCAACGGUUGAUCCAAGCUGCUACAUGAACAGCAAGCUCCUCAAAGCUGUGUUUAACUACUUCGAUCGUGACAGAGAUGGCCACAUCUCACUGUCAGAACUUUCCAGUGGCCAUUUGCUUGGAGCGCUGUCGAUGGAAGAGCUGCACGAGAUCAUGACGUGGUGUGACGAGAACGGGAACAUGCAGACACAGAGCUGCAAUUCCCAGCCCCUCAGGGAAAGCCAAUUCCCUUAG